UACAAUCUACGUGUUCUCGCCGUUUCUACAUUCGCCAUUUGCACUCAGCGCUGUUGGGAAAACCGUCACCCCUGCAAAGUAGCCACGAUGCAAGGUAAAACUGCAGAAAAAGACAGAAAUUACGAAGAGUCAAAGCAAGCAAGACAGGUCGACUCGAGAGAAAGUGAUAAAGAUGCAGAAAAAGUAAGAGGUAAAAAAGAUGCGACAGCAAUUGCUUCAACAUCGGUUGGAGGUGCAAAAAAUGACGGGUUUGAUGACGUUGAACUUGAUGAAGUCAAAGAUAAAACCAAAGAGGGACAAACAGACACACAGAAAAAGAGAGACCAAGACACCAAAGACUCAAACGACAAAGCAACUAGGUGCAGCUGUACAAGAAAGCAGGUUAUUUUUAUCGUAGUAAUCGGACUGCUUAUUUUCGCCCUUGUGAUUGCAACAAUUGUGGCGAUUCGCGUGACCCAGGAUCAGCAGCUGAUAACGACACCGUCGCCGAAUGGAUUUAAUAACGGUGCUGUUGCAAGUGAUUACACCGAAUGUUCUGAAGCUGGGAGAGAUGUUUUACAAGAUGGUGGGUCGGCCGUGGAUGCUGCCAUAGCAACGGCGCUAUGCCUUGGAGUGGUACAAAGCGAAAGCUCUGGAAUUGGUGGUGGAUUUGUGAUGACUGUGUACAACAAACUGACUGGCGAAAACGUGUUUUUUGAUGCAAGAGGGAUGGCACCUAUGGCAGCAGAAUCGACAAUGUGUUCAACUGACAACAUGCAGUGUAAAUAUGGCGCCAAAGCGGUAGCUGUCCCAGGUGAGCUCCGUGGCUACAAAGCUGCACAUGAUCGUUUUGGUGUGUUACCAUGGAAACAGCUAUUCCAACCAGCAAUACGAAUAGCCAACAAUGGUUUCACUGUCAGUUCACACCUUUCCAAGGCGCUCCGAGAAUUAACUCUUGAUCCAUCUGUGGCAUUCACAGAUUUUACAAUAUUAUGGUUGCUGUAUGCAGAAGAUGCGUAUACAGAAUGGAAAAGUGAAGGCGAUAACAUGACAAGACCAGUACUUGCCAAGUUGCUUGAACUGAUUGCAGAAAAUGGUGCAGAUGAGUUUUACACUGGUAAAACUGCAAAAGCACUUAUAAGGGAUAUUCAAGAAAAUGGUGGUAUCAUGGCAACAGAAGACCUUAGUGAGUAUGAGGUCAGAGUUGACGACCCUCUUGUGGUAGAAAUAGGAGAUUACACUGUGAUUACACCGCCGCCACCGACAAGUGGUGCAAUCCUAGCAUUCAUGCUGAAAGCUCUUCAAGCUGCAGCGCCGCCAGACGGGAUUGCAUUUUACCACCAAUUUAUCGAGACGUGUAAGUUUGCUUUUGCCCAGAGAAGCAAAAUUGCUGAUCCAGUAUUUGAAGAUGUGGAAGCAGCUGUAAUGAGCCUCAUAUCGCAAGAAUUCGUGGAUGAAGUAGUUUCUAUUAUCAAACGUGGGCAGCCAACUUAUGACACAGUGCAUGGCUAUGGAGAUGUCUUCGUGUCUAGUAAUGCAGACCGUGAUAACAAUCUGGGCGGCACACACAUAUCCGUCAUCGCUGUCAAUGGCGAUGCUGUUUCUAUGACGUCAUCACUAUCCUCAAAUUUUGGUUCGCGUUUUGUAUCUGAAAACACAAUCGUCCUUCUCAAUAACCACAUGUCUGAAUUUACGCUGGAUAACUCCAAUACAAUAAACAGUAUAGCACCAGGGAAACGUCCAUUGUCUUCUAUGGCACCGUCUAUAGUGCUGGAUAAUCAGAACAACGUUACCAUGGUAAUUGGAGGAACUGGAGGCGAAAGAGCGGUACCCUCAAUCGCAAUGGUGAUGUAUGAGAUACUUUAUUUAAACCAAACCCUUGCUGAUGCCGUGAAUAACGCACGACUCUAUAACCCACUGGAUCCUAAUGUUGUCAUUUUUGAAAAGGAAUUAUCCAAGGCUAUUCGAGAUCAACUACAGGUAAUUGGACACGCUCUGCAACAAUUCGACCAAACUGAACUGUUUUCAUCUGUUGAAUCCAUCCUCGUUCAAGACAAUACAAUUGAAACCGUCCCUGAUUUACGUAAACCUGGGUUGCCAGCAGGAUAUUAA